AUGAGUGAAUUUCCACCCGCGGGGACUAAGGUCAUAACACGGGGAUUCAGAGAAGUCUGCGAGGUCGACGGCCGUACAUUCUUCAGAAAGAAAGGUUCACAAGAAUGGAUCGAGGACAAAUCCAAUCCCGACGACUUGAAGCCCCCUGUCGAAAACCCACAUCUGUAUCUCUAUCUCGUCCAGUGGGAAGCAAGACCCGCAGAGCCUAACCACUGGGCAAUUUUCCUCGCCGACGAAAACGAGCCUGACUUCGGUUAUGUCUACAAAGUCGUGGGAGAUGCAACACAUAUGAGAUAUCAGCCUUCGGCUGAAAAGGUUAAUGUUGCCGAGAUUGGCGUUACUGCUAGUGUGUAUACUUUGGCAGUUGUGACCGAUGGACAAGCCAGGGUGGCGGAACUAGUGAGACAGGCUGCGGAGGAAGAACCGCCUCCUCGAGCUGAGAAUAGGGCGGCUGUCAAGGAGAAUUGUCAAGGGUGGGCAGUGCGUGUGAUUGCUAGACUGGUUAAGAAGAAGGUUGUUAUGCCCCAAAAGCUUGAACUGGUCAGGUCUUUGUUGGAGGAAGUUUAG